AUGGAGCAGCAUUUCCUUCUUAAUUUUGACAGGCUUUUUUCGACAGAUUGGGGCAAGAAAGAUAGUAACGGCGGGGCGCGCAGUAUCCUCGUGCGUGACCUGCCGAAUCACCUCAGUUCUGAGCAGAGCACAGAGGCGCUGCGGCAGCUCUUCUCUGGCAUUGUCCGAAGGGCGAACUACCUGCAAGUAAAUCCCAAAGAUGGUCAGAAGAACCAGGGGGAUAUUCUGCUGGUGCCUGCGAAGCAGGGAUCAUUAGCUCAAAGCAGCUGGCGGGCGAGUCGUUUGAACCCUAAGGAAGAUACCGGAGAUGCUGCGCAACGGAAGAUUCCCCUAUCCAACGGACACCGCAAACAGCUGCUGCAACAGCUCCCCUAUGCUGUGUCCAGCAUUCGCGUCGCCACCGACGUGCGCGGUGGCAGCAUAUACGCCGUUGUCAAUUUUGCGCACGAGAUACUCGCCAGCUUGGCCCUUCAACUCCUCGGAGAAACAGCUACGCUGCCAAACACUUCCACGCAAGUGCGACUUUCCCUGUAUGAAACAUGGAGCACUCCACUGGUGGUCGACCAGUAUCAUCUCUACGUGUCUGGCCUCCCCCCUGGUGCUACAGCAGCUCGAGUCCACGAUCUGCUAACCUCGGCGACAGGCAUAUCACCAGCGCACGUAAAGGUGUCCUCAGUGGCCGGGAUGCCAUCUAGGAGAGGAGUACGGGAGUAUGCGUUUCUCCGUUAUGUGGACGAGGAAACAGCAGAAGAAGCGCUAAAGAGGCUCAAGGACGUAUCCAGCUCGCUCAAACUGAUAUUCCGAAGGGUUCACAGACACAGACACCGCGGAAAUCCUAUUGAGCCACUAACGCACUCCGCUAACUGCAGCAUCUUCAUUGCAAACCUUCCCCCUCUGACGAAUACUUCUGAUAAGAAACCAGAAAGGCCUACUAUAGCCUUGGUAGAUCGAUCUCUGCCAUUGCAGAACUUUGGUUUCGUUCGCAUGGCGUCGCACGAAGCAGCAUUGGCAGCUAUUACGCACCUUCAUGGCAUGGAGCUUCACGGAAGGACGCUCGCCUGUUCAUGGAGCACUAGGACCCUCUCUUCUAUUGAAGAGGAGCCGCUUGACGACUCGUGGGAGCGCGAGGAAGAGGCAUACGCUGUAAUGUCCGCACAGUGCAUGGACUAUGAAGUGCAGCAAGCGCAGCCGCCAUCAGCUCUGGGGAUGGGACUUGACACGCCUGCAAGGAGCCCCAGGGCGUCUGCGAAACGCUCCUCCUGUGAAGAAGCUGGGGGUGCCUUUUGGCUUUCAAUUUUGGCUGAAAACGGCCCCGUUAACCUGGGGGAGUUGAGUAACAGAAUGAAACGUCGCCAUAGAGAAAUACAGCAGUGGCACGAGCAAGAAUGGGAAGAAGACGCAGAACCCCCCACAGCCUUCCAUGCUCAUGUCUCCGAGUCAGUGGCCGCUGCGGCCAAUGGCGAUGUCAUGUGUCCUCUGCAGUGA